UAGAAUGUAGGAGCUUAGCAGUGAUUUGAAGUUUGAUAUUUUGAUGGCCUUCUUCCAGUUUCCGUUUUCGACCACGAAGUGAUUAUAUGCUCAUUGGUUUCCGCUUAUGAACCGCCUACCUUCGUGCUUAAAUUCAUCGAAUAUUCGAUUACAAUAUACAAUACGAUUUUAAAAGCGUAGCUAUCAAUCUCCUCCAACUGGGAACAAUGCUGUCACAGCAACAGUAGCCUCAGAAGAAGGGUGCAGCUGAGGAAGUCGUUAGAAGAAUAUCUCCACCACCAGCAUGGGUACACGGAUCAAAGGAUCUGUGCGCCAUCUUUACGAAUUGUUUUGUGAAGUGUCACCAAUUAAGGAACCUUCAAUAGUACAAAAAUAUCCUGAAUCUUAUGACAAUGAAGAAAACUUAAAACACAUCCCAAAAUUUGCUUUCCCCUGCCCCCUUGAUAAAUCUUAUGUCCAACACUAUUCUUUUGUUCUGACCUCAGUAGAUUCUAAGUACACAUUUGGAUUCUGCCGAUAUGAUCCGAAGGCUAACACAACUCUGCUUUUGUUAUCACACAUUCCAUGGCAUGAUAUUUUUUAUAAAUUAUUAAACUGCAUAGCAAACUUACUAAACAGUCCUGAGCGUGGUGAAUUGAAAUCAUUUUUGGAAGCAUGCAGAAUUCGGCCCCCAAUGCCUGGAGACACCUUAAAAGUGACAUAUAAUGCUAGUCAUAGUGUGUUCUCUUGCCAGUGUCCAGAUGAAAAAUUACCAAGUAUUCCGGAGAAUUGUAACCUGACGGAAUUCUUCAGUGCCUUAGACGCUGAUUGCAUGAUUGGUUUAUGGGCGGCAUUAUUAAAUGAGCGUCGGAUAGCAUUAGUUGCUUCGAAACCAUCGCGCCUAUCUGCAUGUGUGCAAGCCGCUAAUGCAUUGUUAUUUCCUAUGUCCUGGCAACACAUAUACAUUCCAAUAGUUCCCAAAUUUUUGGUGGAUUACCUGCUUGCUCCAAUGCCAUUUCUUAUCGGAGUUCCUAGAUGUGUUUUUGAGACUGUGAGAAUGUCAGAUCUCGGUGAAAUUGUGAUAAUAGAUAUAGAUACAAACGAAUUAAGAUCUCCAUUUAACGACUCUGAAAGUCUUCCGCACAUGUUGGUUGUAAAUUUAAAAAAAUCUCUAGGCGAUAAAAAUGCAUUAGGUGACGCUGUAUCAAGAGCAUUUCUUCGUGCGUUAGUUUGUUUGAUUGGAGGAUACAGGGACGCAAUUUGCAUUGAGAACGAACAAUUUGAAUUCAGUUCUGAAACAUUUCUAAAGACACGAAAACAUAUGCAACAAUUUCUUAGUAAAAUGCUGGAGUCGCAAAUAUUUCAGCAAUUUAUAGAAGAGAGGCUGGACCUCAUUAACUCUGGGAAAGGAUUUAACGAUGAAUUCGAAAUUGAAUGCAACUUCUAUUAUGACAAAAGUAGCUCCAGUAGCGGUCAAAAGCUAAAACAACAAUACAAGGACUGGGCUAAAAAUGUUAAGAAAGAAGGUGGUGCCUUUUUCAAAACUGUCAAAGAUAAGGCGAAUCCCGCGGUCCAAUCGGCGGUGAAGACGGUUCGGCAAGGAGGUAAAAACGUGAAGUCGGCUGUAAAGGGAUUGAAGAUUAAAAUGCCUAAAUCGCGGUCUCGUCCUUCUUCAGUCACCACAACAGAUGAUAGCAGAUUCUCUUGCGGCUCAGUAACGCCGGUGUCGACAUCAUCUGACUCUUCCCCGACGAAUGUACGCUCUCACGAACCACCGUCCACAGCAUCCCUUGAUCUCUUAACCGAGAUGGAGUUCCUUCUUAAUAGAAACGACAAUUUCCCUAGCGCCGAGCACAGCCCCGAAAUUAGCUUGCCCGACAAACCUAAAACCAUGUUACCACAAAUCCCACCUCGUUUACCGGCACGUCCCCAAACCCGUCACCGUUAUCCAAUUGUGUCAACCAAGAAAUUAAUAGAUUUUUCUGAAGCCCCGAUGCCUCCACCGCGGUCCAUACAGCCUCCUAAGGCGUGUUUCGUAAGCAAUAUAACAAGAAAUGAGCCAAAGGUGGCCGAAUUCCGUACGAGCACAUUCAGCUUCGCAGAAGGAACUAAUAAGCCCAAAUUACAAUUAACCGUGAAGCAUACACGACCUAAUUGCAAUGGGAAUGCACAACCCAAGGCUGUGCAAGAAAAGCGGCCGGAAGCAAUGAGAACGGGACGUGUAGAGUCAUGUGACCCAGAUGUGGAUCUUAUUAAACUGGACGUUUCAUCGCCAGCUCUCGAAGACUUUGAUCCGCUCCGGUACCGAGAUAAAAAUGACAAAAUCGAAAAACUUAACACAACUACCGAUAGUGCGCUUUUACACGAGUACGGCUUAGAUUUCAGUCAAUUUAGUUUGAACUUUACGAGUAGUUCUAGUGACCAAGAGUCUAGUUCUAUGUCUAAGGGCUGGACGACAUUUAACUAGCGGUUAAUAUUUCACGCUGAAAUUAUAGACUGCAUAAUUAUAUGGAAUUUAUUUGAUUUUCAUACUCAUGUUACAUUGUGAUUCUAUAAUUUAUAAUGUACAUAUUAGAUAUAUUGGAAAACUCAUAAUUAUAUGUAAUUUAGUUAAAAUGGUAUUUAAAAUUUAUUUAUGUCACUUUGUAUAGAAUUUUUUACAUAUCAAGUUUUGUAAUUGUAAUGUUUUUGUAUAUAUUGUAUUAUUGUGAUUAAUAUCGUUAUGCCGUGGCUCACGUAAUGUACCGUUAGAUUAAAUGCGUUACAUAUAUUAUUUUUGUCAAGAUGUUUGACAUAGCUUAUGUGAAGAAAGUAUUUAUUAUAUAAAGAUUCUAUUUCUAACCAUUAUUUUAUUAAAUUACUUUAAAUUCAUUCCUUUAUAUCGUCCAGUAUACAUUAAAAGCCGAUAUGUACAUAUAUUUAAAAAGUAAAAACUCAUAGGGUAAGAUUUAGAGUCGAAAACUAUUUGUAAAUGCUAAGUUAACUUAUAGAAGUUAACUACGUUAUUUUUAUUCAGAUAUUUAGAAAAUUGUGACAUACUAAUAACUAAGUGAUGGCCAUCUGAGACUGGAGCGAGUUUAGAUACAAUAGAUAGAUAGAUUAAAUUUCUCCUCCCUAUUAAAAAAACUACUUCAUAACUGUUCUUUAACUACAAAUAUUGUCUUUCAACUUAUUUUUAACGUCUCUUUUAUCUAAUCUAAUUUAAAAAAAAAAUAUGUCUGCUUAAAAAGCUAAUUAUGUCUACCGUAUGAAUGUAUAUAAUAUACAAAAACGUAUUUAAUUUCGACAUACACUUCGUAGUUCGUACCAAAUCCUAAAUCUUACCCUUAUAUCGAAAAUUUUUGUUUCAUUAUUUCCUUUAAAAUUACCUAAAUUCGCACAAAUACUUGUGACGUUUUGUUUGUAGAUAUUUCAUGUAUAGUUGUAUUGUCUCGAGCUUGUUAUAUUUUAGAAUGAAUUUAAACAAAAUUUUACUCACCGUCCGUGCGUCACCUAGCUAACUGUUUUUUUUUUUUUAAUUUUAUUAUUGUUUGUGAAAUAUAAUUAAUUUAUUGUUUGAUUGUUAGAUUUAUUUGAAAACGUUAAUAUAUAAUUUAUAUCCGUGUGAAAUGUCUAAUUUAUAAAAUAAACGUUGUAAAAUAAAAGUACAAUAAUUAGAUUACGUUUUAUCAAUUAUAGACCAAUGUAAUUAAGUUAUAUAAUUUUUGUAAUUAGUUAUAUAAUUUUAAUGUAUAAAUGAAGUAAAAAAUAAACAA